GACUCCUCCUCUCCUCUGCCAAUAUAUAUAUAUAUAUAUAUAUAUAUAGAAGGCGCCAGCUAUACAAGCAUUCAAUACAUAUUCACAUAGUUUUCUCUUUGCCGGCGAUUUUCAAUCCCUCCGACCACCGGUGAUCCAAUCGAUACUUUUUGCCGCACUGAUAAAAAAGCAACAUGUUAACAGGUUUAAGCGACUCUAUAACGUCCAACAAGGAAGAAACGUUGCUCCUUAGUGACACUGAAUUCGAUCGUCUUGCUGACAUUGCCAGCAAGACUGUUGAUGCCUCAGGAGAAAUUAUCCUGAGGCAUUAUUUGGCUCGGGGCAAUGUCUAUAAUGUCUCCGAUGCUAACAUUCAAUCAUGGACUAGUGUCGCGGCUCAAGCAGAGAAGGCUAUGAUCUCACUUAUCUUAAAAGAAUUACCUGAUCACGCUGUUUAUGGGAAACAAACUGGAUGGAACAAUUGCAUUGAACCAACAAUUCCCGAGUUUGUUUGGGUUUUGGAUCCUGUUAAUGGUGUGACGGAUGGACUCUUGCCUACUUUUGGCACGUCGGUAGCUGUAGUUCACAAUGGUAAACCUGUCAUUGGAUGCAUCAAUAAUCCUGUUGCACAGAUCAAAACCAUUGGGAGGAGGGGCAAGACUACUAGGAACGGGGACGUUGUGAGGACACGAGCUUGUGAACACCUCGAACAAGCAUAUGUAGAUAUUAAUGAUCCUGAUUACAAUGAAGAUGCCAAAUAUGCCUAUAAUAGGCUCGCGUACAAGGUUGGAGAAACUUUCUUUAACGGCAACUGCAUUGCUUACUCUGAAUUGGCUGCUGGUAUGUUGCAAGUAGUCGUUGAUUCUGCUGUUGAGCCUUUUGCUUUGCUUGGGCUAAUUCCUAUAGUGGAAGGUGCUGGAGGAAUCAUUAGUGAUUGGCAAGGAAAUCAACUUUCUUGGCGACCUUUUCCAGCAUCUUCUGUUCCGCGGGAUGGUUUCAAGGUUGUUGCUUCUGCUGACUUAACAACUCACCAACAGAUUAUUUUUGAACUAUCGUAGUAGUUUAAUUAGUCACAGUUCUAUUCAAUUAUUUGGUUUUUGUCGUCCUCUGGUCUUUUUGUUCAUGAAGUAGACAUGGAUGCGUACAGAAAGCCAGCUAAGUACUUAUUGUGAAUUUUUCUAACAAAAUGAAUAUCCUUCAUUGUGUGACUAUACAACCUGUUUUAGACAUUGUAUGGUAAACAAAGCACUAUCUUUAGCUUUA